GCUCUCGCACACACUAUAAAUACAGGCAGCGGCUGGAAGAUAUAAUUGCCAAACGCUCCUCAGAGGAAGACGUUGGACUAAAUCUUUUACGCCUAAAUUGGACUGCUAUCACAAACGAUGGACAGCAAGACUGUAAUGUUUUCGGCACUUUUUCUUGUUUGGCUUACGUUCGUAAACGGAUCCCCAGAAUCAUUGGAAGUGGGCAAGCUUACCAAAGCAACAAAUGUCUCGUGGUCCUCUUACAAUUUCAAAACAAUCCUAUCAUGGGGACCUAAACCGGUCAGCUACACAUAUACAGUUGAAUUCUCAAGAGUUGGUAAGGACAAACUGAGAAACCCUCACUGCAUUAGAAGCACUGAGACCGAGUGUGACCUGACUAAUGAACUGGACGUAAAGGGGGUUUAUUCUGCUGAUGUCCUGUCGGAGUCUCUGCAUGGGACUUCUGACUAUGUGGAGCCUCCAUUCACCAGAUCAAAGAAGUUCUGUCCUUAUAACGACACUUUAAUUGGAAGCCCUGAGUUUAAGUUGAAGGUGAAUGAGAACAAGACUGUGCUGAUCAUACACGACCCCAUCACUGCUCUGCACAAAGAUGGCAGAUCUCUGAACAUCCGUGACGUCUUUAAGAAAAAUCUCAAGUAUAAGAUUGCAUACAUCAAGGCUGGAAGCACAGGAAAAAAAAUGCUAAUUGUGGAUGAGAGCAAAGCAGAGUUUAAUAAUCUAGAUGAGGAUCAGAGUUACUGCUUCAGCGUGGCAGCAUACAUCCCCUCCCGUAAAGGAGACAAGAGGGUCGGAGAGUGGAGCCUCCCCAAAUGCUCCCCACAGGAGCACAAGACGCUGUUUGAGGAGUAUGGACUGGCUGUGAUUGGAGGAGCAGCGCUCAUUAUACUGGCUUUUGUAAUUGCUGUAAUCGUUCUGAUCGUGGUUUGCUGUAAACAAAGACAAACACCGACGGCCAAGGAAACCAUAGUCUAGACUCUGGUAUAAAGGAAUACAACAUUUCUGCUGCUUGAGCUGGGAACGAGACGUACAGCUGGACUGUAACUGUUUUUGCACUGAGCAGGACUGUGUGUGUGUGUGUGUGUGUGUGUGUGUGUAGCACAUCUUCUGCAGUACAGCACUGGACUGGUUUCUAUGAAACACUAACACUACAUGAUAUGUUGUACAUAUCGGACCUUUUGCUUUUUAUUUUUUAUGGAUGAAUAGAACUGUAUUUGUUUAGUGGCAUUAUUUAUUAUUUUCUUCAGAAAUACAGGUUUAUUAGCUGCUUUGUGUAUAGUUUUAUAUCUUGUAGAAAAUAUUUAAUGCUCAAAGUGUGUGUAUAUAUUU